AUGCUUCGAAAAUUACAGCACAGAAAUCAUUCAAAAUUUUAGUCUGGAACUGGCGGCAAUCACAAAAUUUGUACUUUCGUAAAUACCUGGUUUUCGGAACGCCAAGACGGUCAGGCCAAAAUGAAUUCCUGCUGCUGUAGAUCGCAUAGCGAUCGCACGAACCCGAUGGCCUGUCUUCCUCAGUUUCCACGUCUGCAGCGUGUCCAAAGUUGUCGGCCAUUUUUGGAGGGACGAAAGGCAGCCAGCUGUUGUGUUUCGGGCGAGAGGCGAUGGGGUCAGAGAAACGGUUGUAUGAUCCAGGUGCUGGCCAAGAUGGUCAAUAAGUCGUCCAGUACGGUCUGCCAAUUUCUACACCAAUUGACACUGCAGGUCUUUGCGAGAAUUCUAUAUCCUUUGAUGUUAGGCUGGAAUACGCUGAAGGUACCGUUUGUUAUACCCGACAUCUGUGAGCUAUACUACGGGAUAUUCGACGAAUGUGGUAACAUAAGGGGUUCCAUACCAACAAGGACGUUGCUCAUCCUCAUAUCCAUGAUCCAGUAUUUUCUCAAUCUACCGAAGAGAUGUGGACAAAAUAGCGCUUGUUCGGGAUGCAGAAGCCAGACGGAUGAUUUGAGGAACAUUCACAGUCCCGGUUAUUGUGGCAAAAAUGCCAUGACGCCAUUCUCGGGACGGGGGAUUACGGAAAAAGGACCAUCGAAGGGAAGUGAUGUGUGGGCGGGACUUAAGCGAUUGGGAUACGAAAGACGUGGCGAUCUAGAUAGUUAUCCCUCGGAUGAGUCUAUACCAUAUGGCUAUGCACCCCAUCGAUGUCCUUGCCAGGCCGGAAGUCCCAGAAUCCAGAGAUCCGGAAUUUUGAACCCGUAUGCAAAUAGGCCUGGGGCCAUGAGAUCGUUGGUCUGCGCAGAGGAACUGGAAAGUUCCAUGUUAGAUUCCGACUAUAAUCAGCAAAUUCCAAUGGCACCCAUUUCACCAAAAGCAGCUCAAAUUAUUCACAUUAAUCACAUCUCGAAUCUAUAUGCUGCAGUCGUACAAAACCAACAUACAAGACAAUUAUUUGCUGAUGGAAGGCCACCAAGGCCGCGGGUAAGACCCUGUACUGAGAACCAAAACAGAUUCUCCGGUGGUUUCAUGAUGCCCGAACCAUAUUUCAAUGGUAUGCCAUGGAGUUGGCUGCACAGAGAUCCUCAGAGAAUGAUACGUCUACCAAGUGGUGGUCUUCCUUUGGAAAUACCGCGUUACAGACGACAACCUUUGGAUGAAGAGUACCACAGUUUUAAAAGUAAAUAUGAACACUUGAGCAGACGGGAUAACCCCUUCAAAGGAAGUAGUCUAUUGCCUUUAGACACUUACCCAUCUGAGAAUAGAUUUAACCAAGGAAAUAGGUUGCAAUCUAUAAGUUGGGAGAAAAAAAUACUGGAUCAUCAAAAUCAGCCUACAAAAAAUAUUUCCAAUAAUCUAAUAAUCCCAAUUAAACAACAAAGAAAACUUGAGUGGGAGCAGCUCUUUAUAAAAAGAAUUAAUGAUGCAAAGAAAACUAAGGGAACUUUUGAUUUCUGGAAUGAGAUGAUAGAGAGAAAUAAGUUCAAAGCAUUUCAGCAAGCAAUAAAGGACACCAAACCAGUAUUCCCUUCAAAAGAGAUUGGGUAUUCUCAAUCAAGGAAAGAUAGUGCCCACAUUAUAACGAAGAGAAGCAAUAAUUCCUUGCGAUCGGCGAGGCAAAACCAAAAGAAAUUGGAAAUCGAAAAACCUGAAAUUUCGAAAAGGUCAAAUAAUAAUCGAACUCAUGUUUCAGCACAACAUCGAGUGAAACAACUUUGUAGUAGCCAAGAAAAGCAGACUUUAAAAAAUCAAAUUCAACAAGAUACCUAUAAAAUUAAAUCUGUAAAUAACACUCCGCAUUUGGCAAAGAAUGAAAUAAUUCCUCAACCAAAAUAUCCUGAUCCCGAAGAUUAUAGAAAAGAACGGGCUAGAAAUCUAAAAUUUAAUAGAAAAACUGCCGGAGAAUCCGUAAUGCUAAUAAAGCCUGCAAAAAGUAUCAUAAAGAAGCCUAAAGAGACUCAGUUAAAGGACGUAAGCCAGGAUGAGUUGGAAAGUUUAAAGAAACAAUUAGAGAUGAAUACAAAUAAUAAAAGGGUACGAUUUAGUGUACCCACACCUUACAGCAAUGAAAGAGUGAUGCCAGCAGAAAAAUAUGUUCUUCUUGAAGCUGGAGAUCAGAUACCUAAGCACUUCAGUAAGCUUCAUAGUCAAGAUAAAAGUGCUACAAAAAGUGUAUUUAGCCGAAGAUCGGGAAAGUCACCGGAACGAGGUUUUAGGAAAAAACGAUUGCAUUCAGAAGAUGGUACCGAACUGCCCACAUAUAGUAAACGAGCAGCGAUGGGUUCUCAAAAUAAAUAUUAUGGAAAUACCAAAGCAAAGCCAAACAAACCACACGGUAAAAGUUGUAAAAUCAUGCCCAAAGUAUUGUAUUCCAGAGAGGAAACACUGAAGAAAUUGAGUUAUUUGUUAUGAUUGCAGCGUUAUUUAAUAUAUAUAUAUCUAUCGGAUUGAUGUUAUAUCCAAUAUUCACCUGAAUAAUCUAAAAUCCAUAUGGUAUAUAUUUGUUACUAAGCUUAACCCGAGAUUGUAUAGAGAUACCACGCCUGACCGCCUAUUAAAUUUUCGUUUG